AUGGCGAUGUCAACAGCAGCAAGAACUGCUGCUGCACGCCGGCAACAGCAACAUCAACAUCUAGCCGUCGCAGCAACAAUACCAUCGUAUCACACGAGAGUCAUUGGUGGUCAUAAUGCCCAGCGAUCUCCUUGGAUGGCAUAUUUAAUUCGAAAUGGAGCCUUUGCUUGUGGUGGCUCUCUAAUUGCAUACCGCUUUGUUCUAACCGCUGGCCAUUGUACACAAAUUUACGACAACUUAUAUGUAAGGUUAGGGGAAUACGAUUCCUCAAGACGAACGGAUGGUAGGACUAGAGAUUACCGAGUUGUUUCCAUUCAUCGCCAUGACAAUUACAUAAGUUUUCAUCACGAUGAUAUUGCAAUACUUAAAUUGGAUCAUGCAGUGGCCUACAGUGCCUUUAUCAGACCAAUCUGUAUUUUAACAAACCCCGGAUUCCAGUCGGUCGCAGACAGGAUUCAGGACUUUACCUUAACCGGAUGGGGUCAAUCCGCCCACUACUACCAAAUGCCCACGACGCUUCAGCAGAUGUCCCUCCGCCGGGUUGAUCGAUACUAUUGCAGUGCUCCGAGCAAUACAAUAUGUUGCAGCAAUCCCUCGAAAUUUGCCUGCUUUGGGGACUCGGGAAGCCCACUGGGAGCCCUGAUGAGAUACGGAAACCAUAAAAUAUUUGUUCAAUUCGGAGUCACCAGCUCUGUGACGGGAAAUUGUGAUGGCUAUAGCACAUAUACCGAUGUCACGAGUUACAUGCCCUGGCUUCUGAGAACCUUGCGCGCAAAUUGGAGCUGA